AUGUUCACUGUACGUGAAACCAAUACCAUCUUCAUCUCGUUGCUCAUCGUCGGGUUGUCUCUGUUGGAUUCGUGUGCUUCAUUUCAAGUCGGAGUGCAGCUUCCUGGUUCCUCGAGGUCUCAUCAUGCCGGUAGGACGAGGAGCAUGCAUCUGACACGAUUGAGAUGCUCCUGGAUCCCGGAAGAGAAAAAGGGGCUUGACAAGGAUGAAGUGAAGGAGAGUCUUUCCCGCUUCAUGAAAUCAGCGCCCAAGGGUAUCAUAAAGGCUGUGCAGAGUCAGGUUUUGCCCGUGGCCAAAGAUAUCUUUGUUAAGAACGUCUUGAAGCAAAACGCUACAACCACGACGAAUGAAGUCGUUACAAAACCCAGCGACAACCCGAUGAAGGUUGUCAGUAACUCGACAGUGAAGGCGAACAUUGCUCCCAUAUCCUUGGUAGAUGCUCCAGACUCUAGCGACCAGCUUCAGCAGCUGCAGUUGCUCAUGGGACUGUCCCUCGCCGAUGAGUUGGAGGAGAAGACUUCGAGGUGCGUGUUUGUUGUUGUGAAAAGAUGCGAGUCAUUGAACUUGCAUCUACAGAUUGCUCGAGCAAGACAAUACGCGAAGUGCUCGGAGUUCUUCGCCGUCGUGGAUGAUUGA